UCUUCCAUUCUGAUUUUUUAUUUCUCACUUGUUUUCAAAUCAUGAAAGUCGAAAGCCGCGAAAACUCGUCCGACACGACGACUAUCGACCCCGAACUCGCCGCCAAGUUCGACCUGUCCUACAUUGACGCCAACAAGAAGCAGGAGGAGUUCCGAAACUAUGCCGACACAAAGCGCGCCGAGACGGUGCGCCGCACGUACGAGCUGAUGCGCACGCACCAGACGGUCGAGUUUGUGCAGGGUCGCCGCGAAAAGUGGCUCGCGCUCAACAAGGGCGAGUUCACAAUCAUGGAGGCCCUGCACCUGCUGGACGACCUGGUCGACGACUCAGAUCCGGACACGGCCGUGCCAAACUCGUUCCACGCCUUCCAGACCGCCGAGCGCAUUCGCAAGGAGUACCCGAACGAGGACUGGUUCCACCUCGUCGGCCUCAUCCACGAUCUGGGCAAGGUGCUGGCGCUGUGGGGCGAGCCGCAGUGGGCCACCGUGGGCGACACUUGCGUCGUCGGCGCCGCUCCUUCGGAAAAGUGCGUCUACUCUGAGUACUUUGUCAAAAACCCCGACACGCACAACCCCAAGUACAACACGCCCAACGGCAUCUACACUGCCAACUGCGGCCUGGACAACGUCCUGCUGUCCUGGGGCCACGACGAGUACCUCUACAAUGUGCUCAAGAUGAACAAGAGCACCAUCCCCGAGAAGGGCCUGCGCAUGAUCCGCUACCACUCCUUCUACCCGUGGCACACCUCUGGCGCCUACCGCAACCUUUGCAACGAGCAAGACGAGGAAACGCUCAAGUGGGUCAACGAUUUCAACCGCUUUGAUCUCUAUUCCAAGUCUGACGAGCUUCCCGACCCAGUGGCUCUCACCCCGUAUUACCAGUCGUUGAUUGACAAGUACUGCCCUGGCAAGCUGCGGUUCUAAAAAGCAGCAACAGCAAGAACAGCAAUUCUAUCCUCUGUUUUCGUGUGUGUGAGUUUUUCUCAUUCCUGGUUUUAUUCCCAUUUGCUCUGUGUGUGUAAAGAUUAUUGAUUUCGUGUGUUUUGUGCUGCUCGAGAUUUUGAUUGAAAUUCUUUGUUUUCAAAACAAGUCAAGCAAAAAAAAAGUGACUUGCUACAUUUUUUUAAUCUGCGUUUGUGUCACUCGC